AUGGAUGUCGGAUGGGAUCUAAUUUUUGAUUUCAACGUAUUUCUACGUAAAAAUGGUAACUGGGAUCCAAGCAAUGCUAUAGAACUGUUAGAAUAUACCGUGAAACAGGGUUAUAAACCGGCUGGUUACGAAUUAGGAAAUGGGUUGGGUGAAACGUCAUCGUGUUAUGACGGGGGAGCUGUGAACAUCUCUGACAGAUAUGCUGCUGGUUUUAUGUGGUUAGAUAAAAUGGGUUUAUCAGCUCUACAUGGAUUACAGACUAUAUUAAGACAGAGUUUUUAUGGUGUUUAUGUUCGAUACAGUUUACUAGAUGUCAAUCUAAAUCCUAAUCCAGAUUAUUGGUUGACGGUUUUAUAUAAAAGACUGGUUGGUAGUCCUGUUUUUAAUGUAACACAAACU